UAUCCUACGGCGAUUCCAGGAAAUUUACAAUGCCGUGAACACGCUUUGGGAACGCAACUUGGUGUGACAGGGUCUAUAAAAGGGUCAAUUGAUGGUCAUGCGCAGAGAAAUAUCACGGGUAUUAAAGACUUAGAAGAUUUUUUUCCGCCUAUUUAGUUGACAGAAAAAACCUUGGAGAUAGAUGGUGGGUUUUGACACUUGAUCAAGAAUGUUUCGCUCAAUUCUGAUUCUGGAGACGGUUUUCUUGAUAGCUAACGCUACUCACCUUUAUUACACUUUGGAGGAAUACAAAACCCUAGCGGAUGAUCUACUUACGGGUUAUUCCAACAAAAUCCGCCCUAUCUGGAACCAGGGUCAGAGCCUCCCAAUCAGCGUCAGCCUGUGGGUGUCCAGUGUUAAUGAAAUUAGCGCCGUGGACCAGAGGAUGUCCACUACAGCCUACCUCUACGUUACCUGGAUAGAUGAUUCCCUAUGGUGGAACGCGACAGAAACCGGGAUAGAAACAAUGCAAUUUAACCAGAAAGAUCUUUGGAUACCAGAUAUUGUUCUGAAGAAUGGAUUCACUGCAUUUCAACCUCUUGGAGGCGACUUCUAUUAUUUGUAUGUGGAAUCCAGUGGCAAGGUGCAGUGGUAUCCAUACAUGGUCCUUGAGUCGAAAUGUGAAAUCGAUGUGACCUACUUUCCUUUCGACAGGCAAAUGUGUAAUAUUAUUUUUAAGACAUGGAGCUAUUCCCGACUUGAAGUCAAUCUUACGGUGGAUGAAAAUGAAAUAGGAUUUUUUGACUUUGUUUCGAACAGCGUAUGGGAAGUGACGUCAAUGGAUGCCUGGGAUGACGUAACUAAUAUGGAAACUGACGUAACAUUCAGUAUUUAUCUACGACGAAAACCCUAUUAUUUCAUUAUGAGUUUAGUAAUUCCUGUAAUAUUUCUGGGUAUACUAAACCCUGUGGUUUUCAUUAUACCAGCCGAUGCUGGAGAGAAAAUGGGUUAUGCUGUUACCAUAUUUCUGACAUUUGUUGUAUUUCUUACUAUUGUCAGUACAUCACUUCCGGCUAAUUCGGACAGUAUUUCCAUUAUGAGUAUUUACCUUGUCAUCAAACUCCUUAUAAGUGCCCUGAUAAUUUUCAUUUCCUCUUUACAACUUCGACUGAACCACCGCAAAUCUUCUCGAAAAAUACCGAGAUUUCACGCAAGGAUGGUUAGGUGUGAGCGCCGUCUUCGCUGCAUCAGGAACCAAAUUGACACGGAUGAUCCAGACAACUACGACAAAGAGUCAAAAACCGCCGACAUAGAAUGGUCUGAUGUCUCAUCUGCCGUGGACUUUUUUGCCUUUUGGAUCAUUAACAUUUUAGACCUUUCAGUCACCGGAAUCCUUUUUUAUUUGCUUUUGUCAAUUUAGAAAUAUUCUACUGCGCUAUUAUACUGUAACAAGGUACAGUUUCAGUCAUAUCUUGUCCUGUUUUAGAGUGUUUAUUACAAAUAUCACCAGAAAUUGAAAUCAUACAUAUAUUUUUAAACACAAAAAUACCAAUAAACUAAAAAUCUAUGAAAAGUUACCUGAUUAAACUUUCAAAAGGAUAAUUGUGACGUCAUAAACAGUGCGUUUUUCUGCAAUUUUUAGAAACUGAAGAAGACACCAAAUUUUCAGUGAUUUUUGAAUUAUAAAACAAUGUCCAUAGCUGUCGCCCACAAUGAAACUCAUACUUUAACUUUAUCAUGUGAAAUCACAUAAAAUUAUUUAUUUCGUUGUAGGUACAGUUGCGAACACAUUUUCCUCUUCAAAAAACUACGAGAAAAUGUGCCAGUUUUCAUCAUUUUUUACAAAAUCUUAGAAAUAAGCAGAAAUGUUGAAGUCAUAAAAAUUUUUUUGAAACAAGAUACAUGUAUAAGUGUAUCACUUAGUACUUUAUAUGAUCAAGAUAGUAUGUGCGUAUUUUCAUGAAAUAUAUAUAAACAACUUUUGAAUUUUAGGGCAAAUAUUGAACGGAACUGUGCCUCCUUCUCUUUGUGUAUGUCUGAGAGAGAGAGAGAGAGAGAGAGAGAGAGAGAGAGAGAGAGAGAGAGAGAGAGAGAGAGAGAGAGAGAGAGAGAGCAAAUUUUGGGUUUUUUGAAACUUUUACUUCAUUGAGAUGUACAUUAACCUCCCCAAAUAAAAGAAGUUAUAUGAUUAAUUUUUAAAAAAUAAACAGCAAUUUAAAAAGUUUACCAGGAUAUGAAGUUGGUUGGUCACGUGAUCAAAUCAUGUGAAGCCCGAAGGGCUUCUCAGUAGAUUUGAUCACGUACCAACCAACUUCAUAUCCCGGUGAACUUUUUAAAAUUGCUGUUCAUUACUUAUAUUUACGUUUGGAAAAGACAAAUCGUUCAGAACUGUUUAAAAAAUUACAGAGAUUUUAUGUUUACAAUAAUCCAAGUGACAAGCGAUAAGCGCGUGCUAUGAUUAUUAUGACGUCACGAAAAAGUUCAUACAGAAUUGAACGUUUAUGCUAUUCUAUAGGUUCAUAGAAGGAAACAUAUUUGCAAAUGUAAAUAUAUGAAAAUGAAUUAAGAUUAUGUAGCUCUGUACAACUGCCCAGAGACCAUACAUGUAAGUGGUUACUAUCUAUACUUAAAAGUUAAGGCAUUAUGCAAAACUACAAAAUGCCUGCACCAGAGUACUUGCCUACACCUUUGGUAUUUCAACACAUGUAUU